GAAUAAUCGCUUUUGAUAUUUUAAAGUAAUAUCAUAGUUUGGUGCGUCUCCAAUCUACCCCGCAACUUGCGGCAACAUUUUAUACAAGUCAAAAAAAGGAUAGACACGUGUACGAUUCUGAUUGAUCCAACACUCAUGAACUUGAAAUCUUAUUGGUUGGUACACAUCACCCGUUUGUCCCCGAAUACUAUUAUCACCCCUAAACUUUAGCAGUAAUCACACAAAUGCCAUUUUAAUAUUUUUAUCUAGAAAUUAAUUAAAUAAGGAAAUCUAACUGGAGAGAAGACCAAAAGUAUCAGAUCAAAAAGUGCAUCUAUCAUAAGUACGGUCGAUCUUCCCCAUUCAUUUAGCGGGACCCACAUCACUAAAAGAAUGAAAUUACAGCAGUGCCAUUCGAUCACACCGUCAAUCUUGGUUUCCACGAUAACUUCCGUGGGCCGCGCGGUAGCUGAUUUUGACAUCAGUAUGCGUUAAAGGAAAGGUGGUUUAAAAUGAUUCAUUUUAGUGUCAUCCCCUUCCCCACUUCCAACCAAAACAUAAUCAAAAUAUUUUAUUAAUUAAAUAUUUUUUUUUUUUACCUUUCUCGAAAACAAAGCCGUGUUGAUAUUUGGAGAAGAAAAGAGAUUAAAAGCUUCAUAUGUUUCUCCUUCUCAACAUAUUUUCUCUCUCCUAAAACCAACAAAAAAAAAACACAACGAAAAUUUUAAAAAUGGAAUCGUUCAUGGAUGAACUUUUGAACUUCUCUGUACCGGAAGAUGAAGGAGCGGUGGCUCUUCUCUCGCCGAAGAAUAUUGCUCGCCGGAAAACUGGAUUACGGCAGACGGAAUCCUUUGGUUUAUUAAAUCCCGACGACGACCUUGGAGAGGUUGAGGAAGAAUUGGAAUGGAUAUCAAACAAAGAUGCGUUCCCUGUCAUCGAAACAUUCGUCGAUGUAUUACCGUCUGAACAUUUCGCUGUCUCGUCUCUGGAGCGAGAAGCUGGUGAAGGAAAACAGCUGAGUCCUGUCUCAGUACUUGAGACGAGUAGUCACAACACCUCAAUAACCACUACAACGACGACGACCACCUCCAACAACAGUAGCGGAAGUAACGGAACCACCCCGACGAUGAUUAGUUGCUGUGCUGGGUUUAACGCUCCUGUUAAGACAAGAAGCAAGCGUAGGAGGAGGGACGAUUUGAGAAUUUUGUGGACAGGGAACUAUGAGCAAGGAGUAGGAGGUAUACAUAAGAGGAAGAUGACGGCGGUUGCGGCGGCGGGGAUGGGGAGGAAGUGUCAGCACUGUGGAGCGGAUAAGACGCCGCAGUGGAGGGCGGGACCAUCGGGACCGAAGACGCUGUGUAAUGCGUGUGGCGUGAGGUACAAGUCAGGGAGGCUUGUUCCCGAGUAUCGCCCGGCUAAUAGUCCGACUUUUUCGCCCGAGUUACAUUCGAAUUCUCACAGGAAGAUUGUAGAGAUGAGGAAGCAGGUUGUGUCCGGUGAUGGUGGUGGUGGUCGGAAAGAUUGUGGUUAGAAAGAAACUUGUUAGGAUAAUUUUCCCGUUCUUGAGUUUGUUUUUAGGGUUUUGCAGUUGAAAUUUAGUUUGUUUUUAUUUUUUUUUACCUUUCUUAUUUGUGAAAUUAGGGGUAAUUAUUUGAUUAGGAGAUACUAUGGUCAGUCAAUGGAAGAUUACUUUCUCAUUUUGCUGUUUAUCUGGUGGUAAAAAUAGAAGAAAAUAUAGAGUAAGUUAAUGUUGGAUAAUUUCAUAAAUUGACCCUUUUCAACGUCUUUUUGGUCCCAACCAAAGAUUAUAUUUUCUAUGAGAGGUAUUGGAAAUGCGAGGCAAUUUUAGGAAUUUUGUGUAUGUCUUGAUUGAUUCAUUGAUUCUACUUUUGUCUUUAACUACUGACAGAUUCUCUAAAAUAACGUACAGAUAUGUUAUUGAAUAAGUAUGUAAUAUGAUAUUUACUACUCGUAUUUUUGUAUUGAAUAAGAUUAUGAAGGGUUAUAAG